UGCCCCCGGGUCCUGGGUCUACGCGUCCCCGAGAUGGAGAUGGCAUCCACACCUACCAGGAAUGAGGAGAGAAAGGGCAGCAGGAUGUCCCAAGCGGCAACCCCCUCUGGUGGAAGUCUGGUGAGCAUGGGGAAGGUUUCAUUAUCCCGAUCUGAGGAAUUCCUGACUCGGAUCAGCACAGAGCUCACCAACGAGGCCUUGUUUAUCGCUGGCUGCCCCACGAACUCUGUGCCCACCAAGGAAAAACAGACCCAAGACCGAGGGACUCAGAUAUCCAAACAUGUGUUCUUCAAGACCCGAGGCACCGACACCCGUUCGGACAGAAACCGUACCCGUACUAAGGCACACCUCCUGCCAUCCCCUCGUGACAAGAACAUGCAUCAGAGCUCCUCGUUCACAAGUCACUAACGCUUCAGUUUGCUGGGGUCUCCUGGUCAUGAGCAGCAGCACACUCAAAGCCUCCCAGGUGUUCUGGAACCAUCUCACACCUUUCUACCCUCAGCUGGCAAGGACAUCACCAGAAAUCAAAGGCUUUAAUAAAAAGACAGAGAGAGGUCCUUCCCUCCUCCC